CUCUGGGGACUGGCAUGAGGUGUGUGCAGUCAGCUGCCUGGAGAGGGACCCCAUCGGCCUACUAUUGAAGAGUUUCUGCAUUGCUGUCAUUCCUGCAGGGGGUAGCUGAUAGCAGCAGUGAAAGAUGGCCGGUAACAUCUUCCCCCACUUGGAUAACCUGUGUAACGUGGAGUGUAGUAACAUCCACCCCCUGGUGUGUCACCUGUGCAAUGAGCAGUAUCAGUCCCCGUGCUUGCUGGACUGCUACCACAUCUUCUGCGCCCGCUGUCUGCGAGGACUGACCAAUGACAGCCGCCUCAGCUGCCCCCUCUGUGGGUACAUAUCCAUCGUAAAAGGAAAUGGUGCUCUUCCCCCAGAGGACCGACUGCUAAAGUUCCUGGUCGACAACAACACAGACGCUGAGGAGACGGUGCAGUGUGCCAACUGUGACAGGGAGAGCAGCAAAAAGGACACAGGUGUGAUGUACUUCUGUAACACCUGUAAUCAGCCUCUGUGCAGCACCUGCAGGGAGCUGACCCACAAAGCCAGAAUGUUUUCCCACCAUGAGAUCGUUUCUUUGGCCAAACGUACCAAAGCCAAACACAGGAACUGCUCUCUUCAUGACGAGCCCUACAUCCUGUUCUCCAAAGAGAAGAAGUCUAUGCUCUGUAUCAAAUGCUUCAGAGACACACAAGUGGAGAGUCGGACUCACUGCAUCGACAUUGAGACCGCAUACGUGCAGGGCUGUGAGAUGUUGGACCAGGCCGUUCUGGUGGUGAAGGAGCUGCAGACUUCAGCUCGAGAGGCGAUCGUUCUGCUGAGAGCCAUGAUUGGAGAAGUGUGUCUGAAUGUGGAGGAAGAGGAGAGUGCAAUCUGCUCGCUCUUCAACAGCUUACAGGAGAAACUAGCAGAGAGGAAGAAGAUUUUACUCAAAGCAGCUCAGAGUCAACAUGAGGAGAAGGAGAAAGCGCUGAAGGAGCAGCUCUCACACCUCACUGCCCUCCUGCCAACCCUGCAGGUCCACCUCGUUACGUGUUCAGCCUUCCUGAGCUCGGCCAACAAGUUUGAAUUCCUGGACAUGGGUUACCAACUCAUGGAGCGUCUGAAGAGGAUUGUGAAGCUCCCUCAUCGACUGAGGCCGGUGCAGAGCAGCAAAAUCAACACAGACUACAGGAGUGAGUUCGCCCGCUGCUUGGAGCCUUUACUGCUGCUGGGUCAGCGCUGCCCUCCGUCUGUAUCCAGCUCUACAGGUGCUGCAGCAAGGCACCAGUCCCCUCUCUCCGUGUCGUGCCGCUCUCCGUCCCUCAGUGAGAUGCCCCUGGGCUCGGUGCUCGGGCGGAGGCCCACCUGUCACCGAAACAUCUGCACCAAAGUCCUGCUGGCCGAAGGGAGGGAGACACCUUUCACCGAGCACUGCCGCAACUAUGAGAACACCUACAGGACUUUCCAGAUGGAGAUUCAAAGUCUGAAGGACCAGGUCCAGGAGCUGCACCGAGACCUGACCAAGCACCACUCCAUCAUCAACACGGAUAAAAUGGGAGAGAUCCUGGACAGGUCGCUGCACAUUGACAGCCAGAUAUCUGCACAGUACUCCACUGUGGAAACUAUGAGAGUCAUGUUUGAAGAGGUCUGGGAUGAAACUUUUCAGAGGGUCACAAAUGAGCAGGAGAUCUAUGAAGCUCAGCUUCACGACCUGAUGCAGCUGAAGCAGGAGAACUUGUACCUGACCACAAUCGCCAGACAAAUCAGCCCUUACAUCCUGUCCAUCGCCAAAGUCAAAGAAAGACUCGAGCCCAGGUUUCAGGAGGUCAAAGAGUGCCAUGAUGACCGCACAGAGACGAUGCUGAAAAUCUACGAAGACAGCAAGAUGGACAAAGAUGGCAAAGACAGUGACGACCAGUCGACAGAAAAGGACAGAGACAUGAACAGCCGCCUGCUGAUGCUCGAGUCCGGUGAGAGCUCUGUGAAGACAAGCCGCCCGUGCAGGCUGAGGGUCUCCUCUGAGACCACCAGCCACGACGAGAUGCCUUCAUAGACACCGUGUCACUGCAUUUCUGCCCCCCCACCCUCCUGAGCUGCAGUGUGACUCGAUUCAACCAUAACAAGCCCAGGAGGGUUUGUUUCCUCCUCUGCUGAAGAGAUACUGUAUAACAUUUUCUGUGCAGUGUGGAGCUGUCUUC